CUCCAGCUCCAGAUUGACAGAGCUGAAGGCCAAUCGUUUCCGUAAAGCGCAGCGGCAAGCUCCGCCCCCUGGAGGUCUCACGGCCGAGGCGGGGCCGGGACACAGCGACUCCAACCCGUUCCACCAAUGAGGACACGCGGAAAUCCCCGCCCCCGGGCGUGGGCCAAUGGCGCUGGCUGGGGGGGGGGCUACCGCCUCCUGGCGGCUGCGAGGUUUCACUGCAGGGGCGCCAGUGGGCUCAGUGACGCUGCGGCCGCCUUCUGCCUAGGUCCCAACGCUUCGGGGCAGGGGUGCGGUCUUGCAAUAGGAAGCCGUGCGUCUUGCAAGCUUCCCGUCGGGCACCAGCUACUCGGCCCCGCACCCUACCUGGUGCAUUCCCUAGACACCUCCGGGGUCGCUACCUGGAGGUCCCCGGAGCCCCCCUUCCUGCGCCAGCCAUGCCUUUAAACCGCACUUUGUCCAUGUCCUCACUGCCAGGACUGGAGGACUGGGAGGAUGAAUUCGACCUGGAGAACGCAGUGCUCUUCGAAGUGGCCUGGGAGGUGGCUAACAAGGUGGGUGGCAUCUACACGGUGCUGCAGACGAAGGCGAAGGUGACAGGGGACGAAUGGGGCGACAACUACUUCCUGGUGGGGCCGUACACGGAGCAGGGCGUGAGGACCCAGGUGGAACUGCUGGAGGCCCCCACCCCAGCCCUGAAGAGGACACUGGAUUCCAUGAACAGCAAGGGCUGCAAGGUGUAUUUCGGGCGCUGGCUGAUCGAGGGAGGCCCUCUGGUGGUGCUCCUGGACGUGGGUGCCUCAGCUUGGGCCCUGGAGCGCUGGAAGGGAGAGCUCUGGGAUACCUGCAACAUCGGGGUGCCGUGGUACGACCGCGAGGCCAACGACGCUGUCCUCUUUGGCUUUCUGACCACCUGGUUCCUGGGUGAGUUCCUGGCACAGAGUGAGGAGAAGCCACAUGUGGUUGCUCACUUCCAUGAGUGGUUGGCAGGCGUUGGACUCUGCCUGUGUCGUGCCCGGCGACUGCCUGUAGCAACCAUCUUCACCACCCAUGCCACGCUGCUGGGGCGCUACCUGUGUGCCGGUGCCGUGGACUUCUACAACAACCUGGAGAACUUCAACGUGGACAAGGAAGCAGGGGAGAGGCAGAUCUACCACCGCUACUGCAUGGAAAGGGCAGCAGCCCACUGCGCUCACGUCUUCACUACUGUGUCCCAGAUCACCGCCAUCGAGGCACAGCACUUGCUCAAGAGGAAACCAGAUAUUGUGACCCCCAAUGGGCUGAAUGUGAAGAAGUUUUCUGCCAUGCAUGAGUUCCAGAACCUCCAUGCUCAGAGCAAGGCUCGAAUCCAGGAGUUUGUGCGGGGCCAUUUUUAUGGGCAUCUGGACUUCAACUUGGACAAGACCUUAUACUUCUUUAUCGCCGGCCGCUAUGAGUUCUCCAACAAGGGUGCUGACGUCUUCCUGGAGGCCUUGGCUCGGCUCAACUAUCUGCUCAGAGUGAACGGCAGCGAGCAGACAGUGGUUGCCUUCUUCAUCAUGCCAGCGCGGACCAACAAUUUCAACGUGGAAACCCUCAAAGGCCAAGCUGUGCGCAAACAGCUUUGGGACACAGCCAACACGGUGAAGGAAAAGUUCGGGAGGAAGCUUUAUGAAUCCUUACUGGUUGGGAGCCUUCCCGACAUGAACAAGAUGCUGGAUAAGGAAGACUUCACUAUGAUGAAGAGAGCCAUCUUUGCAACGCAGCGGCAGUCUUUCCCCCCUGUGUGCACCCACAAUAUGCUGGAUGACUCCUCAGACCCCAUCCUGACCACCAUCCGCCGAAUCGGCCUCUUCAAUAGCAGUGCCGACAGGGUGAAGGUGAUUUUCCACCCAGAGUUCCUCUCCUCCACAAGCCCCCUGCUCCCUGUGGACUAUGAGGAGUUUGUCCGUGGCUGUCACCUUGGAGUCUUCCCCUCCUACUAUGAGCCUUGGGGCUACACGCCGGCUGAGUGCACGGUUAUGGGAAUCCCCAGUAUCUCCACCAAUCUCUCCGGCUUCGGCUGCUUCAUGGAGGAACACAUCGCAGACCCCUCAGCUUACGGUAUCUACAUUCUUGACCGGCGGUUCCGCAGCCUGGAUGAUUCCUGCUCGCAGCUCACCUCCUUCCUCUACAGUUUCUGUCAGCAGAGCCGGCGGCAGCGUAUCAUCCAGCGGAACCGCACGGAGCGCCUCUCCGACCUUCUGGACUGGAAAUACCUAGGCCGGUACUAUAUGUCUGCCCGCCACAUGGCGCUGUCCAAGGCCUUUCCAGAGCACUUCACCUACGAGCCCGACGAGGCGGAUGCGGCCCAGGGGUACCGCUACCCACGGCCAGCCUCGGUGCCACCGUCGCCCUCGCUGUCACGACACUCCAGCCCGCACCAGAGUGAGGACGAGGAGGAUCCCCGGAACGGGCCGCUGGAGGAAGACGGCGAGCGCUACGAUGAGGACGAGGAGGCCGCCAAGGACCGGCGCAACAUCCGUGCACCAGAGUGGCCGCGCCGAGCGUCCUGCACCUCCUCCACCAGCGGCAGCAAGCGCAACUCUGUGGACACGGCCACCUCCAGCUCACUCAGCACCCCGAGCGAGCCCCUCAGCCCCACCAGCUCCCUGGGCGAGGAGCGUAACUAAGUCCGCCCCACCACACUCCCCGCCUGUCCUGCCUCCCUGCUCCGGAGAGAGGAUGCAGAGGGGUGCUGCUACUAAACCCCCGCUCCAGAUCUGCACUGGGUGUGGCCCCGCAGUGCCCCCACCCAGUCCGCCAAACACUCCACCCCCUCCAGCUCCAGUUUCCAAGUUCCUGCACUCCAGAAUCCACAAAGCCGUGCCUUUCUCUGGCUCCAGAAUAUGCAUAAUCAGCGCCCUGGAGUCCCCUGGGCCUGGACCGCUUCCCAGAGGCCAGGAAUCUGCCAUUACUCUGCGGUGGUGCCAGAGGUUUUAGGAAACCUGGCAUGGUGCUUUCAGGUCUGGGGCUUUUAGAGCCCCCCGUGUGGCUUACAAAUUCUACAGCAUACAGAGCAGGCCACGCUCAGGCCCGGCAUGCGGGCCACCAAGUUCUGGAAACCACGUGGUGUCCCUGCGAAUGGGGCAAUCAAGUCCAGAGACGGGGCACUUUCAGAGUUUGAAGGUAACUGAGAGCAGAUGGUCCUCCAUUUCAACUCCAGAAGUGGGGCUCUGGGAGGGGCUCAUGUUCUAGCCCUCCCUAGCAUGUCAGAGCCAGGCUCUGCCUGGAGGAUCCCUCCAUCCAGCUCCUGUCAUCCCCUACACUUUGGCCAAGCAAGAGGUGGUAGAACCACUUGGCUGCUCAUUCCUUCUGGAGGACACACAGUCUCAGUCCAGAUGCCUUCCUGUCUUUCUGGCCCUUUCUGGACCAGAUCCUACUCUUCCUUUCUAAAUCUGAGAUCUCCCUCCAGGGAAUCUGCCUGCAGAGGACAGAGCUGGCUGUCUUCCCCCACCCCUAACCUGGCUUAUUCCCAACUGCUCUGCCCACUGUGAAACCACUAGGUUCUAGGUCCUGGCUUCUAGAUCUGGAACCUUACCACGUUACUGCAUACUGAUCCCUUUCCCAUGAUCCAGAACUGAGGUCACUGGGUUCUAGAACCCCCACAUUUACCUCGAGGCUCUUCCAUCCCCAAACUGUGCCCUGCCUUCAGCUUUGGUGAAAGGGAGGGCCCCUCAUGUGUGCUGUGCUGUGUCUGCACCGCUUGGUUUGCAGUUGAGAGGGGAGGGCAGGAGGGGUGUGAUUGGAGUGUGUCCAGAGAUGAGAUGAAAAAAAUACAUCUAUAUUUAAGAA